AUGGCUUUGGAAGACAUAAGGAAUCCCAAAAGAAUAGCUUUGGAGGUGAACCAGUCUCCAAUUGCACGGGAAUUACAGUUGAACAUCAAAAAAAAAGAGGAAAAGAUGCAGGAACAUAAAGAUGAACGAGUUGGGAUUCAGAGAAAAUCUUGUGUUUCCAUCUCUUCUCUGCCUUACUGUGAAGUGGACACAAGAAGGAAAGGAGAAGCAAUCAUGCUAAGAAAAACAAGAUCCUCUUUUCUACAACCCAAACUCCAGGAUUCAUCAGAUACAGGAAACAUAGCACAUAAAAAGUCUGUUUAUGGUGAUAACUCAAACAAUGUAAAAAAAGCCAAAGAACAUAUAAUGCAGGAAGAAGAAGGAAGAGUAAAAAUGGCCAAAGUCCUACCUUUGGAGAAAAAGAAAUCACCAAGUUCACAGGAAAUCCAGUUGGACAUCAAAGAACAAAAGAAAAAGAUACAAAGAAUUCAGGGUGAACCAAGUGUGAUUUUGACAUGUACUUCCAUACCUGCUACUUCUUUUAAAUUGGAUACAAGAAUAAAAGAGGAAGACUACAGAGCUGAAGUAACAAGGUACUCUCUUCCAGAACCAUCACACCAGAAAUCAUCAGAUAUAGUGAAAAAAGAAAAAAAAGAGCUCAUCAAGGGUGAUAUCACAAUAAACUUCCAGAAAUCAUCAGGUUCUGAGGAAGUGGUACAUGCAGAGCCAAUGGCUAGUGAUACUGUCAUCAGUCCCCCAAAAGAAAAACAACAUUUGCCCCAGAACAGGGAAGAGGAUGGCGUAGAAAGAGGAAACCUCAUGUUCCCCAAACAUCAUGAAAAGGAGAUGCAGGAAAGUAAAGAUGGACCAGUUGCAAUACGUAAAAAAGUAGAUAAUAGUGGAGAAAGUGGUGGUCUUUCCAUUGGUACAAGACCGUUAGAAGAACAUAUCUCUUUCAAAAAGCAAAGUUUCCAUGAAAACUCAUCAUUAGUCAGAAAUUUCUUGGAGCCCACUCAGGUGUGUGCCUCUGACCCUGAUCAACACAACACAGUGCAGAAAGAUACCGUGGCUCUUUCAAAGUUAAAAUCUCAUGUGACUCCAGAAAAUGAUAAACGAUGUCAUGUAUGGUUUCAAGAAACAAACACAUGUGAAUCUGUUGAUUUAAAGACUCAGGAAAAGACUCGGGAUUUAGUUGAUUCCCAUUCAAUUCAGAAUUUUGAAGAUUUUACUGAUAGUCAGACAAAUAUUGAGAGUUCAGAUAACUUGGAGGAAUGCUCAGCUCUUGAUGUACACGAGAGUGAAGAAUGUAUAUUUUCAGAUGCCAACCCUUAUUUAAGUUGGAAGUCACAGAAUAUUCUGUUUGAAUUACAGAAAGACAUGCCUGUGGAAAAUCUCUACAAGAAGAAAAAAAUCAAAACUGAUUUAAAACCACUUUACAGUGAAGAUUCAGGUUCCCAUCAUAUUAGAGGCUGUCAAAAACAUUCCUCAUUUGUGACACCACCUUCUUACGAAUCCCACAAAAGCAGGAAACAUAGGUCAUCCUCUGAAAUGACACCACCUUCUUAUGAAUCUCUCAAAAGCAGGAAACAUAGGUCAUCUUCCAAAAUGCGACCUCCUGACUUGUGGUGUCACAGUUCCUUAAAUACUGUAGAGGUUUUGUCUGUAUCAUCUUCCGUUCCGUUCAGCGAAGAGAAGCUUUCACAGACUUCAAGGAGUGGAAAAUGUUAUUCUUUAGUCCCCUUAAUGGAAUCAGAUAUUGAAUUACAUCUUGCAAAAAGCCAAGGCAAACCUCACAGGCAUUUGGAAAGCAAAGAACGAAAGAAGACCAAAUUGUAUUUAUCUAGAAAGAACAACACUUCUUGGGAAUGUGAUGACAGUUAUACACAGCGUAAAGAGAAACGCACAAGAAAGGAGAAAGUACGGGAUUAUGAGUCAGAAAGGUCAGAUUAUUUCCCAAGCAAACGUAAGUCAGCAUCAAAACCUCCUCAAGAGGAUAUCAGCUUCCAUUCUGAAAGAGAACAAAACCAGCCAUUUUUUUAUGCCUGUAUACCAUCAGACUCGCCGGAGAUUAUACCCCAAACCGUUCGCUGGACUAUUCCCCGCAACACUUUAAGGAAGAAGAACUUCAGAAGUCCCCUGGUGGCCAAGAUUUCAAGUUCUUGCAACAUAUGGAGUUCAUCCAGAAAGCUGCUGGGGUCGCUGUUAGGGUCCUUCAGCCUCGUUCAUCAAAAAUGAUGUUACCAUAUCAAGAUUCAUCUCGAGGGGAAAGC